UAGUUAUGAAAUGUUUAGUGACUGUGUACAAUGUCUUUCAUUAGAUGGACCCUAAAUGUUGAAGCAAUAUUUAUUUAAAUGUUAUUUAAUUCGCCGAUUUUAAAUAAAACCAUGCAUUUUUAAAUCGUAACGCAUUAACCUUCUUUUACCCUCGCCAUGUUGCAUGUUGUGAUAAUGACAGACGACGUUCAACUACCAAACGACUCUGCAAUGUUAUGAACAUUUCACGUUUCCGAUAACAGGGGCGGAAUGGGACUGAUAACAGUGUGCAGCCGAUCUUAUUUCUAUAAUCAGUUUCAGAUUUUUUCCUGGCAAUGUCGGCGAUGUUUGAGCGUGGCGGUUGCAGAUGAGAGCCAUGAGACGAGAUCCAACUCAUCGAACGUCAAACCAUUCAAAGACAUACCCGGUCCAAAGGGCCUGCCUUAUCUCGGGACAAUUCUGCAGUAUAGAAAAGGUCCUUUUCAAAGAUUCACAGUAGACAGAUAUCAAGAUGCUCUCAUUUCAAGAUAUAAAGAAUACGGCCCGAUCGUCAAGGAGACCAUUGCUGGUGUAACCUUUGUCCGAAUUUAUGACCCAGAUGAUGUCAGAACAGUUUUCUUAAAUGAAGACAAACAGCCUCAUGUUGCCCCACUUCUGGACACAACAAAGCAAUACAGAGAGCAGAGAGAUCUUUCACCAGGCCUUGGAAACACAAAUGGGGAAGAAUGGUACAGACUUAGGAGUGCAGUGCAGCAGAUGAUGAUGAGGCCAAAAGCAGUCACUGUUUAUCUCCCCUUUGUGGAGGAAGUUGUGGAUGAUUUUAUUGCACGGAUUAAGAAAAUCCACAACAGUGAUGGGACAAUAGAAAAUUUUAGAUUGGAAGCAGCAAAGUGGAACUUAGAGUCCUCAGGCAUGACUUGUUUUGAGACUCGCCUUGGUUGUCUUGUGGACUCACCUACCUCUCACAUUAUGCGCAUGAUCUCUAGUAACAAUGCCAUAUUUGAACUUUCCACAAAAAUAAACUUCUCUGUGCCUUUCCAUAAACUCUUCACAACAAGACUGUGGCAAAAACUUCUUGAUGAAGAAGACUAUUUCUUUAGAAAUGGACAGAAACUGGUUGAUGAGACAAUAGCCAAGAUUGACCGUCUACAAAAAGAAGGAAACUUAAAGGACGGACAGUUUAACUUCCUGUUAUAUCUGUUGUCUAAGAAAGAGCUGUCCUUUAAAGAUGUCAGCAUAAUAACCCUGUCUCUGUUUGGUGAUGGACUAAAUACAACUGUGCCUACACUAAUAUUUGCCAUGUACUGUUUGGCCAAGAAUCCAGAUGUCCAACAGAAGGCUUAUGAAGAAGUCCGGGAGGUUCUGAAGGAUGAUGAACCUAUCACAGGGGAACACAUUAAUAGAAUGCCAUACCUCAAAGCAUGUGUCAAGGAGUCACAGAGGAUUUUGCCAAUUGGACUUGAGAUAAAAAGGAUCUUGAAGAAGGACUUAGUACUUGGAAAUUAUCUUGUACCAGCAGGGACUACAGUUGAAUUGGCCCCCUAUGUACACUACAUGUCGUCAGAGUAUUUUGUGGAGCCAGACCGAUUUCUACCGGAGCGCUGGUUGAGGGACGGAUCUGCUCUGAAUAUCCAUCCAUAUCUACUGACGCCAUUUGGGCAUGGUCCCAGGAUGUGUGCAGGGCGACGAUUUGCAGAACAAGAGCUUUAUGUGCUGUUGUCCAAGAUGCUGAAGAACUUUAGACUGGAGUACAGUGGUGACCUUGACAUGAAGUUCCAAGUGUUGAUGGUUCCCGACCGGCCAACGUCUUUUACUUUCAAGGACAGACUCUGAGCAUACCGACACUGAAAUUGAAAUCAUUGAUACAUUAUAAUCAUGUCCUGUCAUAAAAUGCUUAUUGACAUUUAAUACCAGGUGCUUUCAAUGUUUUAUGGAUUCUAUUCUUUGAUAAUUCACCGGAAAACUUCAUACUUGAAGUUAUAUAUAAUACAUAUCCAUGAAUCAUCUGACAAUCUGAUUUAUACUUGAUCCUUUGGUCCAUUCACUUGCAUAUUAAUAUUAAAUGCUAUUUUUUCUUCAUACCCACAUCAAUUUUUUUCAACUGAAAUGAUAUAUAAUUCAUUGUUAUACCAUGAAAAUAUUGUGAUUCUUUCAGCUUGAACUUAAAAUAAAAAAAGAGAUUCAAUUCCAGUCAACGAUUUAUUCAUGUGAAUGAUAUUCAAUCAUUGACACUUUUUUGGAACAGUUACUCAUGCAAUGUCAUUAUCAAAACACUUUGGAUAGGUUUUAGUUGUGAGAACAUAAUGUUGACAUAAAUAUUUUACAAGUUUUGAA